UACGCUUUCGGUGUGACGCAUUUCCCGGACAAAGGAGCAGGUUUGUUGUCAUUCAGCAGCUCUCAAGCGCUCCCAUCCUCCUCUGAUCCCCUGCAGCUUCAAUUGACCCGUUUCGACACUCGUGUUUACGUUUGUGCAACUCUGUCUUAUAAACAGAAGAACGGCGUUUAAAGGAAAGAGGAAUUGCCUUCGAAGGUUGAAGUCACCGGCAAAAUAAAAUAAUGCUGAGGAUGGCAAGUUGGACAAGCUAGCAUUGGAUUUCAUCUUAAGCCGACAAUAUAAUAGAAAUAAUUGGAAAGUUAAAAGACAAGUGGCGAGAGAAAGGAUCAGUCCCGUCUGGCUGAAGAUGGGGAUGGAGUGCAUGACGUCUUGGAUUUUGACAUGUCACGGUACGAGCGCAUUUUUGUUGUUGACGAAACUACGAGUAAAACGUGUUUCCCACAGGGAGGGUCGCUAUGGCAAAGUGGGCGGGUGCAAUUGAAACGUUAGCAGAAACCUCAUUUCUAUUUUAGCUUUAAAUCCGUGCGAGAGCUGCCGACAAGCAUCUCACCAGUCUGCCCAGUGACGGCGAAUCCGUUCCCAGUCUCGCUCCUAGGCAAUGUGAUCCAACGCAGGUGGACCUCUUCUAGGGGGCUUGAAUGAGCACCACAAUGGACACGCUCUCCGCGGCGCGUCCUCUCUGAAGUUUGUAGGAGACCGCAUUUUCUGGAAGUCCCACUGUCGAAUUGCAGUAAGAGCAAAAAAUUGGAUCUGAUGAACUCUAUCUUAUUGCUCACUCAAUUUCCAGUGCAUCUCAGGCCACUGUUCUACUUUACCACCACAAGAGAUUCCAGCUCCAAUUUGGCUGUGACGCAGUGAUAAACCCACAAAUACACUGCCCUGUGUUUCACUUGUCAUGGAUGCCCAGGUGGCUCUCCUGCACGUAUGGACAGUCCUUGUCCUGACAGCAGAACUGAAUUGGAUUGAUACUGCAGAGGUCUACACCAAUGCUUGGGCUGUCCAGAUUAAUGGAGGCCCUGAGGAGGCUGAUCGCAUCGCAAAGGAACACGGUUUCAUCAACCAUGGCAAUGUUUUUGGAGAUUAUUAUCACUUCAGACAUCACGCUGUGGAGAAGCGAGCUUUUUCUAGACACACGGGGCUGCACAUCAGACUGCAACAAGAUGCACAAGUUCUAUGGGCGGAGCAGCAAGUGGUGAAAAGGAGGAAGAGGAGAGAAGUCUUUGAGGAACCAACCGACCCUGAUUUUUCCAAGCAGUGGUACCUGUCCACUCUGACUCAUCAAGACUUAAAUACCAAAGUAGCUUGGGCUCAGGGCUACACUGGAAAAGGUAUUGUGGUGACUAUCCUGGAUGACGGCAUUGAGAAAGACCACCCAGAUCUCAUCAACAAUUAUGAUCCGGAGGCCAGUUAUGAUGUCAAUGAUGGAGAUGCUGACCCACAACCAAGAUACACUCAGCGUAAUGAGAACAGACAUGGAACUCGAUGUGCAGGAGAGGUGGCAGCUGCAGCUAACAAUGGUGUGUGUGGCGUGGGUGUGGCCUAUAAUGCUAAGAUUGGAGGAGUCCGUAUGUUGGAUGGGGAGGUGACAGACGUGGUAGAGGCCCACUCUCUUGGUCUCAACCCCCAGCACAUUCACAUAUACAGUGCCAGCUGGGGCCCAGAAGAUGAUGGCAAAUCUCUGGACGGCCCUGCUAAGCUGGCCAAGGAGGCUUUCCAGCAGGGAAUCACCAAGGGACGUGGUGGACUAGGCUCCAUUUUUGUGUGGGCUUCUGGAAACGGCGGCAGAGAGCAAGACAACUGCAACUGUGACGGCUACACCAACAGCAUCUACACAUUGUCCAUCAGCAGCACCACACAAUCUGGAAAUGUGCCAUGGUACAGCGAGCCUUGUUCAUCUACCCUCGCCACCACCUUCAGCUCCGGAGACCCUGGGGAAAAACAGAUAGUGACAACAGACCUUAGGCAAAAGUGCACCGAUUCACACACAGGAACGUCAGCUUCAGCACCACUAGCUGCUGGAAUCAUUGCUCUGGCACUGGAGGCCAAUAUGAACCUGACCUGGAGGGACAUGCAGCACCUGGUGGUGAGAACAGCCCGACCCAAACGUCUCAACGCAGGAGACUGGAGGACCAAUGGAGUUGGACGCAGAGUGAGUCACUCAUAUGGUUAUGGGCUCCUGGAUGCUGGCGCAAUGGUGGCUUUAGCGCAAAACUGGACCAGAGUGGGGCCACAGCACCAGUGUGUUCACACAAUGCUCACAGAACCAAGAGACAUCGGGAGCAGGCUGAUGUUCAGUAAAAGCGUGGAUGCCUGCUGGGGACGGCCAGACUAUGUCAGCUCUCUGGAGCACGUUCAGGCUCGUCUUACUCUCCUCCACAACCAGAGAGGCAAGCUGGCUAUUCAUCUCAUCAGUCCACUGGGCACACGCUCUACCCUCUUGUUUCCCAGGCCAAAUGACUUCUCCACUGAGGGAUUCAAUGACUGGGCCUUUAUGACCACCCACUCGUGGGAUGAGGAUCCUCAAGGGGAAUGGACCUUGGAAAUAGAAAAUGUUGCUGCUAAUAGCCGAGACUAUGGAGUGCUGAGUCAAUUCACACUCACUCUGUGGGGCACAGGGUCCAGUGGGGUCAGCCCGUUGUCGUCGGACUUCCCUCGGCCCUCCAACAACAGCUGCAAGACGUUCGAUGCCCAGCAGAUCUGCAUCGAAUGCAGCCCAGGCUUCUCACUCUUCCUCCAAGGCUGCGUUAAGUUGUGCCCUCCUGGUUUCACGUCGGGGCCGCAGCUCCUCAAUCUCUCUCUCGAGAACUGGGUCGACUUGUCUUCAGUACAAGCCUGCCUGCCCUGUCAUCCCGCCUGUCUCAGCUGCUCUGCCACGGGGCCCACGGACUGUCUGUCCUGCCCUCCUCACAGUCGCCUAGUCCUCACCUCCUGCCUGCAUCAGAACCAGGUGCAGCGCAAAUCUCCUCUUGCCGGAGGGGAGCCCAGAGGAGAGGAUCCAAAAUUAGAUGAUGAUGAUGAUAAAAGCGUCGGUGGGGUGGCCCCACCUGAUCCUCGCUCGUCUUCUCACUUUCCCGUCGUUGUGGCGAUCCUCAGCUGUGCCUUUAUCUUGACGGCCUUUGCCGGAGUGUUUCUGAUACUGCAACUGCGCUCGCGUGGAGUCUCUUCUGGCCGGAGGACCAAACUGCCCGAUAGACAUGUGGGCUUUGGUUUCGGACCGGGCCGAGGACAGAAGAGGAAGGCUCGCAUAUGCUACAAGGGAAUCCCCACUGUGUGGGGGGAUGAGGACAUGACCGCCUACGAGUCUGAAUCAGACAGUGAGGAAGUCGAAGGUCACAGCGAAAGGACAGCUUUCAUCAAGACGCAGAGUGCCAUCUAGAUGACCCCAUCCCAAGAUACAGGGGUCCUCGGUUUACAAUGGAAGUCCUCCGAAUUUGUCAGAACAUGUAGUUUGUUGUAGUGUUCCUAAAAAUUUAAAUCAAUUGAAUUAUGAAUAUCUGAAUAAAUUCAGGCUUCUCA